CAUAUCUGCCACAUGGAGCAGCUUGUAUGGAAUGAGAAUGAAUGUGAUAUACCCAGACUGCCAAAGGGAGGCUUGGCACCGGCAGAGGAGGGUACCAGACAGCUAGAGCAGCAGCCCACACAGAGGCAGCACAACAGAACCACAAGCAAUACACACACAGCAGCCUAUCUACAGGCAGAAGGUGGAAAGAGAAUCCCGGGCUGUCUGAGCUCAGACUCAAGCAAAGGGCUAAUGUCAAUGUAUUGGGUUUGUCUGCAAAAGUUCUGCCUGGUGCUGGCAAAGCUGUGAGUCCAGAUAAGUUCAACAUUGCACUAUUAGUGCUACAAGUCGUGUGUUGCACUCUCAGCGCUGUGAGCUGGCAGUGUGGUCCCUGUGUUGCCCCAAAGCCGGGGGAUCUGCUUGGCGUGACUUUGGCACUAGAGUCUGGAAUACCGAUGGCUGCCUUGUUGGAUUGAGCCGGCACUGGGGCAGGUGAGAGGUUACUAUGUGGUGCCAUAAUAUUAUUAUUAUUAUUAUACAACUGGAUGUGUGAAGUCAUUCCCAGCCUAGAUGUCUACUGCUGAUUAGAUCGGGAGGGUGGUCCCUCAUUGCUCCUUUCAAUAAGAAGAGACAGAAGUAGCUUGGAGCUUAAGGCUGCACAGUACUACUUUCCCUUUACACUUUCCUGAUGCUGCUGUCAUUGCACCCUUAAUCACCCUGCUACCCCCCCUCUCGCUGCCCAACAUGGAGAUUAGAAUUUCUCUUACCAUCAGAAGCAAAGAUUCAAUCAUCUCUGGUUAAAGUCCUUGCAGAGGAGUGAACGUGGCUCAGAUGGGAGGUUAAUCUGCUGGAGAUCACAGGCUCUGUGCACUCCUUCUUCAUUCUCAUCACUGUCUGAUACAGGAGGGGGGGGGUGGUCUAUAACUUGGCAGGGCUGGGGACUCUGUGCAUUAGCUUGGGAGCUUGGUUGUGGGAGUUCUGCUGGAGUAGCUCCCUCCAAGGAGAAGUCCUGUGGAUGUUAGUGAUGGGCUAGAGAAAGCUGUCAGCAAGGAGCCACCAGGAGCCAGAGGAACGAGUGUACGAGGCAGAGAAUGAGGUGGAAAUUCAGCCCCAGCUGCCAACCUGUGCUCCUUGGACCUGGGGAAUAGCUUAGUAUCACUGGGAUGGAGACUGUAUUCUGGGGCGACAGAAGAAGCAACAAUCUCUCUGUGCUCAGGAUGGAAAGCGCUGCCAGACUUCUACUCCCCUUCCUGUGCGCUCUGGCUGCCAUCACCCCCCAAGCGUCCCAACAAGUCCUGCGGAUCGGAGGAAUAUUCGAAACAGUGGAAAAUGAGCCAAUUAAUGUUGAAGAAUUAGCUUUCAAGUUUGCCGUCACCAAUAUUAACAGGAACAGAACCUUGAUGCCUAACACCACCCUCACCUACGAUAUCCAGAGAAUUAACCUCUUUGAUAGCUUUGAGGCUUCCAGGAGAGCUUGUGACCAGCUGGCUCUGGGGGUAGCCGCAUUAUUUGGACCCUCUCACAGCUCGUCGGUCAGCGCAGUUCAGUCUAUCUGCAACGCUCUGGAGGUUCCUCACAUUCAGACACGCUGGAAACAUCCCUCCGUAGAUAAUAAGGACUCAUUCUUUAUCAAUCUCCAUCCAGACUAUGCUGCAAUCAGCAGAGCCGUCUUGGAACUGGUCCUGCAUUAUAGCUGGAAGACCGUUACUGUAGUCUACGAAGACAGCACAGGUUUAAUUCGCCUGCAAGAACUCAUCAAAGCUCCAUCGAGAUACAACAUCAAAAUAAAAAUUCGCCAAUUACCCUCAGGAAACAAGGACGCCAGGACGCUGCUCAAAGAAAUGAAGAAAUCCAGGGAGUUUUAUGUGAUUUUUGAUUGCUCGCAUGAAACCGCCGCGGAAAUACUGAAACAGAUUCUUUCAAUGGGAAUGAUGACAGAAUACUACCAUUACUUCUUUACAACAAUGGAUUUAUUUGCUCUAGAUCUGGAACCAUAUAGAUACAGUGGAGUUAAUAUGACUGGAUUUCGGCUUCUCAAUAUUGACAAUCCCCAAGUAUCAUCGGUGGUUGAAAAGUGGUCCAUGGAACGUCUGCAGGCACCACCCAAGCCUGAGACCGGCCUUCUCGACGGAAUGAUGACAACAGAUGCAGCCUUGAUGUAUGACGCUGUCUAUAUGGUCGCAGUUGCAACCCAACGAGCGACCCAAAUGACUGUUAGCUCUUUGCAGUGCCAUAGACACAAACCAUGGAGGUUUGGACCCCGAUUCAUGAGCCUCAUAAAAGAGGCACGAUGGGAUGGCCUGACAGGCCGCAUCACAUUCAAUAGGACAGACGGCCUGAGAAGAGACUUUGAUAUGGAUAUCAUUAGCCUCAAGGAAGAUGGAAUGGAAAAGGCUGCUGGUGAGACAGUUAACCAUUUAAAUAAAGUUUGGAAGAAGGUUGGCGUUUGGAAUUCAAACACAGGUCUGAACAUGACGGACAAUUUAAAAGACAAGUCCACCAAUAUCACUGAUUCGCUUGCUAACAGGACGCUUAUAGUCACCACCAUCUUGGAGGAUCCAUAUGUGAUGUUUAGGAAGUCGGACAAGCCACUAUAUGGAAAUGAUCGAUUUGAGGGCUAUUGCUUGGAUUUACUGAAAGAGCUGUCUAACAUCCUGGGCUUUACCUAUGAAGUCCGUUUAGUUGUAGAUGGCAAAUACGGAGCACAGAAUGACAAAGGAGAGUGGAAUGGAAUGGUCAGAGAGCUGAUUGAUCACAAAGCGGAUCUGGCUGUUGCCCCACUCACAAUUACAUAUGUCAGAGAAAAAGUGAUAGACUUCUCCAAGCCAUUCAUGACACUGGGAAUUAGUAUUUUAUAUCGGAAACCCAAUGGUACAAAUCCUGGUGUAUUUUCAUUUCUCAACCCUCUUUCCCCUGAUAUCUGGAUGUAUGUGCUGCUUGCCUGUCUGGGAGUCAGUUGUGUCUUGUUUGUCAUUGCCAGGUUCACCCCUUAUGAGUGGUACAACCCACACCCGUGCAACCCAGACUCAGAUGUGGUGGAAAACAAUUUUACUUUGCUAAAUAGUUUCUGGUUUGGAGUUGGAGCUCUCAUGCAACAAGGCUCCGAGCUAAUGCCCAAAGCUCUCUCUACCAGAAUAGUUGGAGGAAUAUGGUGGUUUUUUACUCUGAUCAUCAUUUCCUCCUACACUGCUAACCUGGCCGCCUUCCUUACUGUGGAGAGAAUGGAGUCCCCGAUAGACUCGGCGGAUGAUUUGGCCAAACAGACAAAAAUAGAAUAUGGGGCCGUUCGAGAUGGUUCAACAAUGACAUUUUUUAAGAAAUCUAAAAUUUCCACAUAUGAGAAGAUGUGGGCAUUUAUGAGCAGCCGGCAACAAACUGCUCUGGUCAAAAACAACGAUGAAGGAAUUCAAAGAGUUCUUACUACUGACUAUGCGCUACUGAUGGAGUCAACGAGCAUUGAAUAUGUUACUCAAAGGAACUGCAACCUGACUCAGAUUGGCGGACUUAUUGACUCUAAAGGUUAUGGAGUAGGGACACCUAUUGGAUCCCCCUACAGAGACAAAAUUACCAUUGCUAUACUCCAGCUCCAAGAGGAGGGGAAAUUACAUAUGAUGAAAGAGAAAUGGUGGCGAGGGAACGGAUGCCCGGAAGAAGACAGCAAAGAGGCCAGUGCUUUGGGAGUGGAGAACAUUGGUGGCAUUUUCAUUGUUCUUGCUGCAGGGCUUGUCCUCUCCGUCUUUGUUGCAAUUGGAGAAUUUAUUUACAAGUCCAGGAAAAACAGUGAUAUUGAACAGGCCUUUUGUUUCUUUUAUGGACUGCAAAAUAAGCCAGCGCCCCCGUGCAACUCAGCCUCGGGAACCACUAUAUCUACGGAAUUAGACUGUGGCAAAUUAAUCCGAGAGGAAAGGGGGAUUCGAGCGCAGCCCUCUAUCCACACUGUUUAGUCAGUAAGCAAAAGUGUCUUUCCUUCAACGCCAUAAUGGAAGAACUUGGAAUAUCUCUCAAACAUCCAAAAAGAUUAAAGAAAAAGCCAAAAGCCAAGGGAAGAUCCAGCUUUACGAGUAUGCUUACCUGCCACCAGAGGCGAAUCAUCAGGAAAGAGACAAUGGCGUAGAAUCCAAAAGCAUCUCCAGGGAAACCACUGAACAAUAGUAACACGGACGUGUUUGGCAGAGGGAUUUUUCAAAGGAAGGCGUCUCCUUUUUUAAAUUCUUUACAUGAUUUUUAUAAUGACAUGUAGAAUCGACACAUUGAGAAUGUGAAGUUCACCCCCAGUCAUCUCACGGACUUGCUUCUGAAAAGACGAGUUUUGGAUGUCAAAAACAUCAUUCCAUCUUCACACUGUACAAAUGAUUUGUGUGCUUUCUAAAAUAAAACACAAGACUUUUUUUUUU